GAUCUCCGACAGCCUUCAAAUUCGAACGUGCGCUGCACGUCUCAUUGAGAUUUGUCAUUGGUGGGAACGUAAAGUUGUUUCCUGUUGCGAAGAGUGGAAAGCAUUGAAUCGCAUCGCGGAUUUUUCAUCGAAAUCGUCUUUACAAAUAUCAGCGAAUAAUGUCGCGAACGAUAAAUUGCCACUUUCGAAGUCGUCCGGUUCAUCCCCGCGCGCACUAUGAUUCGAGGGACUCUUGUGAAUGAUUGGAAAUCGCUGUGGCCUUGAAAGUGCGUGGCAAUUCGACGAGCACAGUGUCCCUGUUUUUUGACCGUUCAACAAAAAGUGUUUGUCCUCAAACCCCAUUUUCCUCGACGCAAACAAGCAGUAUUUGCUCCUCAAGGAGAGAAUGACCAAGUUCUAUCCAACGGUCCAGAGUCUAUCUGGGCAGAAAGUGCGUCAGAUGUACAACAAUAUUUCAAAAAUCGGAGGCCAGAAACCGCACGCGCACAGCGGACGAGAAAAUAAUUUUACUGCGUUGCCAGAAAACAUGCUGUUGCUCGGGGAUGCCGACGAAGAUCACGAGCUCGAUCUCGAAACAACUCACCUGGUCAGAGCUCCGAAAGCAUCGAGCGUGAACACUAGCGACGAUAAAAUAACGACAGUAAAGAUUAACAUCGAGGGUAUGAGCUGUCAAAGCUGUGUUCAAAAUAUUCAAUCGACCAUUGGGAGUCGUGCUGGAGUCACAAAUGUCAGGGUGCUCCUCGACGAAAAGGCUGGCUAUGUCGACUACAAUACCGAUGUAACAACGACGUCGGAGCUGGUCGAGGCGAUAAACGACAUGGGAUUCGACGCUUUUUUACCACCCGGGGAAAAUGGCUAUUCCCCAUGUGAUGGCAAAGAGAUUGGACCGAUUACUAGCACUUGUAGCAUUCACAUAGAUGGUAUGACGUGCUCGUCCUGCGUCAAUAGUAUCACAGAAAUGAUAUCAGGAAAACCAGGAGUCAAAGAGAUAAGCGUUAGUCUCGAAGCAAAAGAAGCCAAAGUAUCUUACAGCAGCGGGGACAUGACUGCCGAUCAGAUCGCAACGUACAUUGAAGAAAUGGGUUUCGAUGCAUUCGUCAAAGAAGUUAACGGCCACAAUUUGCUUCGCCCUGAGAAAUCGACCACGAAAUUAGAGAUUAAAAAUGACGCGGUAACCAUGAAAGGUGGCGGAGAUUCGAAAAUUGACGAAAAGUUGUCUCAAUGCUUUCUACAAAUCAAGGGUAUGACAUGCGCUUCGUGCGUAAUGGCGAUCGAAAAACACUGUAAAAAAUUAUAUGGAGUUGAGAGUGUGCUCGUUGCCCUCAUGGCUGCAAAAGCCGAGGUGAAAUACGAUUCUGAAAAAAUUCGUCCAGUUGACAUAGCGUUGAGCAUUACGGAUCUUGGUUUUCCCACAACUCUCGUAGAGGAACCUGGCACAGGAGAGGGCGAAGUUGAAUUAAAGAUCACAGGAAUGACUUGCGCAUCUUGCGUCAACAAAAUUGAAUCGACUGUUAAAAAAAUUCCCGGAAUUCGUUCUGCCGUAGUCGCCCUUGCAACGCAACGAGGAAAAUUCAAAUAUGAUGCAACUGAAACGGGUGCACGUGAUAUUAUCGAAAGGAUCAAUAAAUUAGGCUUCGAGGCGACGUUGUUUAGUAACAAGGACAAAGAAAACCGAGGCUACCUCGAUCAAAAAGAGGAAAUACAAAAAUGGAGAUCAGCAUUUUUGAUAUCACUCAUUUUCGGAUUACCUUGUAUGAUAAUAAUGACUUAUUUUAUGCUGAUAAUGGCAAUUGGCGAAAAAACUCACGAGGAAAUGUGCUGUAUAAUACCUGGUCUUUCGUGGGAAAAUUUGCUGUUAUUUAUUUUUUCCACGCCCGUUCAGUGUUUUGGUGGGUGGCAUUUCUACGUACAAGCCUAUCGUGCCGUAAAACAUGGCACGACCAAUAUGGAUGUUCUCAUCUCCAUGACUACUACCAUUUCAUAUGUAUAUUCGAUCGGAGUUCUCACUGCGGCAAUUGCGAUGCAGGAACAUACGAGUCCACAAACCUUUUUCGAUACUCCGCCGAUGCUGUUGGUUUUCAUAAGUUUGGGACGGUGGUUGGAACACGUUGCUAAGGGUAAGACGUCAGAAGCUUUAUCGAAGCUCUUAUCAUUGAACGCAACGGAUGCAGUACUGGUGACAUUGGGUGAAAACAAUGAGAUACUCUCAGAGCGUUUAAUAAGUGUGGAUCUCGUGCAACGUGGGGAUAUUCUGAAAGUAGUACAAGGUGCCAAAGUUCCAGUUGACGGUAGAGUACUUUCAGGACAUUCGGCUUGUGACGAGAGUUUAAUCACCGGGGAGAGUAUGCCGGUGACGAAAACGAAAGGUUCCGUCGUCAUCGGUGGUUCGAUAAAUCAAACUGGACCAUUGUUGAUAACGGCAACACAUAUUGGCGAACACACGACGCUUGCGCAAAUAGUUCGUCUCGUAGAAGAAGCACAAACUUCAAAAGCACCGAUACAACAAUUGGCUGAUAAGAUAGCCGGAUAUUUCAUACCAUUCGUAAUCCUCUUGUCGCUACUUACGCUCAUAGCGUGGACGAUCGUUGGUUACGUGAACGUUAAAAAUCUUCCGAUAUCUCUAGAAAAUUGGGCGAACGAGUCGACGAUCAAUCGGGAAGAGAUUAUAUUCCAAUUUGCAUUUCGUUGCGCACUUUCGGUAUUGGCGAUCGCUUGUCCCUGUGCUCUUGGCCUUGCAACGCCAACCGCAGUAAUGGUUGGCACAGGCGUGGGAGCUCUCAAUGGUAUUUUAAUAAAAGGUGCAGAGCCUUUGGAGAAUGCUCACAAAAUAAAAUGCAUAGUUUUCGACAAAACAGGUACUCUGACGAACGGCGUGCCGAUGGUAUCCAAAAUAGUAUAUUUCGCGAACGAUCAGAAAUUUUCAAUAGUUCGACUCCUUGCUGUCGUUGGCACGGCCGAAGUUAGCAGCGAGCAUCCCAUCGCAUCGGCGAUCGUUCGUUAUGUCAAAGAAACUUUUGCCACUGAGGUUAGUGGUCUCUGUACAAAUUUCCACGCCGUCGCCGGUUGUGGUCUCAGAUGCCGCGUUACUCACCUCGAAAAUAUGCUUUCGCUGGCCGAAAAAUCAGAAAAAAUCGCCAAUUACCAUAAUCAACAAGGACAAAGCGCUUCAGCUACUUUUAAGCUGAACGAUGUUGCCAUCGAUUUCGUAUCGUUGUCCGAUCAAGAACAGCACAAACAAAAUCAAAAUCUCGAGAUGUUACUCUCACCCGGUGACAGUCGAAAGGAUGCGAUCCCCGAUAACGAGGAGGUUCACGAUGUUUGCAUCGGAAAUCGCGAAUGGAUGAGACGAAAUGGAAUUCUUAUACCCCAAGAAGUCGACCUCAUUAUGAUAGAAGAAGAGGAUCUUGGUAAUACAGCUAUUUUAACAGCUGUCAAUGGCGCCCUCAUAGCAAUGAUUAGCGUUGCUGAUACCGUCAAAUCGGAAGCUCAUCUCGCUAUUUAUACACUCAAGAGAAUGGGACUCGAAGUAAUUUUAUUGACCGGUGAUAAUAGGAAAACUGCUGCUUCGAUUGCAAGACAGGUUGGCAUCAGUAAAGUUUUUGCUGAAGUUUUACCGUCGCACAAAGUAGCCAAAAUUCAGAGGCUCCAGGAACAAGGUUUCCGCGUAGCAAUGGUCGGUGAUGGUGUUAAUGACAGUCCUGCACUUGCACAAUCUGACGUUGGCAUUGCUAUCGCUUCGGGCACCGAUGUUGCGGUUGAGGCUGCUGAUGUCGUACUGAUGAAGAACGAUUUAUUGGACGUAAUCGGAUGUCUGGAUCUCUCGAGAAAGACUGUCUACAGAAUAAGAUUGAACUUCCUUUUCGCUAGUAUUUAUAAUCUAUUAGGCAUUCCUAUAGCCGCUGGGAUAUUCAGUCCUUUCGGUUUCUUCCUUCAACCUUGGAUGGCUUCCGCAGCAAUGGCACUGAGUUCAGUCUCCGUUGUAGCCAGUUCUCUUAUGUUGAAAUUAUACAAAAAGCCGACACGGUCGACGCUUGAGACGACCGAAUAUUUGACAGCAAUGAGAGCUCACUUUGCCGCGAGGUCUACAGAAUUCGAUGCUAUAUCAUUACAUAGAGGUCUUGACGACGGACCUGACACGCUUCACAUAACGGGCUCGACGAUAUCCAGAUUAUUUGGAAAAAACAAGGACGAUGUCGAAGGAUGUCUUCUCGGUGACGACACCAGUGGAGUUGGUAUCAUCGUAGAUUUUUCCAACCGAAAGAAAACGUCCAAAAGUAACGUUGACAUGUCUAUUUCAUAAGUAAAAGAUCGAAGGAAUACAAGAAAAAAUCAUCUUUUGGACGCUCCAACAAAUUUUGGACAUGCAUGUCCAAACGCGACUUUUGCUUUAUUUCGUACAGAUCAUGACUAAAAUUUUUUUAAAAUAAUUCUUUCGCAUAGUUCUUACGACUAGGUAGUUAGUUUUUGUACUUACUCUUACCAACUCGCCAACUUUAAGCAAUAUCGCGCAAAAGAAAACAAAAAUUUCUAUGUAAAUAUGUGUACGAUAAAUGUGUAAAUUUUUUCUCCAAACGUACUUGAGAUAAUACUUUGAUAUAUGUAUUUACUUCUGUCAAACUAUUUUUUUGUUACAACAAUUAUAUAUAUGCAGAAUAUAUUGUAAAAGAUUAUAUAAGCAGGUUGCAAAAAUAUGAAUCUGCUUAUGUCAUUUUGCUCAUUAUUAAGAGUCACCGACAUGUAUUUACUUGAAUAUUCGAAUGAUUCGGACGAGGAAAAAGAAAAACUUGGAAGCUGCUUUGUACCGUUCGUUUCAUUUUUAAUUUGUACUUAUUUGUUUACUUAUGACGGAGAGUUUCGUAUAUUUUGUAUUACAGAAUAAAGAUGUGAAUUAUCACAGUCGUUGGUCACAAUGAA